AUGGCGGACGCAUGGGCAUGGGGUCGCAUGGGGGUGUGGACAUGCCUGAGGACAGGGGGGGACACUACUGUCGUCCAAGCCUAUGACUCCUGCCCAAGGGCGCGGCACUAUCUUGAAUUGGGAACAAGCCCCUUCCGCAAAAGGGAGCCGAGACUCACCAACAACUCGUCAUCCGAGCGUGCCGAGACACUGAAGGCCCAGAGCAACGACCAGCUGGUUGUGGAAGGGACAGAUGAAGAAGAGGCUAUGCCGGGAAAGGAAUGAAAUCCGGUGGGCAAAAGAUGUGAAAAAGCAAAACGCUGACCAAUAACCAAGGCGAAAAGGCUCGUGUCCAAUGCCAAGUCCACAGGACGCAGCCACAUUAUCUCCUUUCGCUCCAGCCAAAGUCAGCAAGCAAGGGACCAUGCCGGAAAUAUUUGGCUGCCUAUCCCGCAUACGGAGAUCUUUGUAGGCAAGGGGGGGCCUUCUAGCCUCACCUUGGGUCCCCGUUUUUAUUUCCAAUCUGGGUCUAAUGUGGUGUUUGUCGCCCAAGACCUGACGUGUCGCC